AUGGCUGCGCCCAUCAUAUUUGGUGCGGUUGCAGUGGCUAUAUUAAUUUUGCAUGUCAUACUAACCAAGUUUAAAGGGGUCCCUAAGCAAAUGUGUAAUUCUAGCAAUGUAUUGAUUGUUACUGCUCAUCCUGACGAUGAAUGCAUGUUUUUUUCGCCAUUUAUUUUGACACUCAGUGCGUUUACAUGUGGUAUUUAUUUGACUUGUCUCAGCAGUGGUAAUUACUAUAACAAGGGUCUUGUGAGAAAAAAAGAAUUAAUAAAAAGCUGUGAUAUCUUAGGACUUCGAAAAAAGAAUAUUUCCGUAAUAGAAAAUAGUGCUUUACCUGAUAACCCCUCUGUACAAUGGAAUGAGGAUCUCAUUGGUUCAAUAGUUUUGGAGAAGAUAAAAAAACAUGAUAUAGACACAGUAAUAACAUUUGAUGAUUAUGGUGUAAGUGGACAUAAUAAUCAUAUUGCGAUAUCCAAAGCAAUUAGAAAGUUAAAGUCUCAAAAGAAACUACCACCUGGGACCAGUGCCUACAGCCUGGAAAGUAUACCUAUUUGGAGAAAGUAUAUUGGUGUGUUGGAUCUCCCAAUUUCUUAUUUGUCUAGUAAUAUGGUGUUUAUUUCUCAAUGGUCAGAUGUCUGGAAAUCACAGAAAGCCAUGUGUGCACACUGGAGCCAGUUUGUGUGGUUCCGGAUAAUUUAUAUCGCGUUCUCACGCUACAUGAUCAUCAAUACGCUUAUACCUAUUGUUUGA